CGAAAAAGAAGCGCCUCCUGGGUGGGAGUCCAGGGAAAGGGAUCCGGCGAGGGCCUCGGCCGAAGAAGCUCCGUCCGGGUUGGAGCCCAGGGAAGGCGAUCCCACCAGCGGGACGGGGCGAAGAAGCUCCUCCUGGGUGGGAGACGAGGAAAGGGGAUAAGAUGAGCGGCCCGGCCGAAGAAGAAGUUCCUCCAGGUUGGGAGAGGAGGGUAGGGGAUCCGACGACCAGCUCCGCCGAAGAAGCUCCUCCUGGGUGGGAGACGAGGGAGAGGGAUUCGAUGAGCAGCCCGGCCGAAGAUGUUCCUCCUGGAUGGGAGAGGAGGAAAAGGGAUCCGAGAAGCAGCCCGGCCGAAGAAGCUCCUCCUGCGUGGGAGGCGAAGGAGAGGGAUCCGACGAGCAGUCCGUCCGAAGAAGUUCCUCCGGGAUGGGAGACAAGGGAAAGGGAUCAGAGUAGCUGCCUGGCCGAAGAUGCUCCUCCUGGGUGGGAGACGAGGAAAAGGGAUCCGACAAGCAGCCCGGCCGAAGAUGUUCCUCCUGGUUGGGAGAGGAGGGAAGGGGACCCGACGAGCAGCCCGGCCAAAGAAGAUGUUCCUCCUGGUUGGGAGAGGAGGGAAGUGGAUUUGACGAGCGGCCCGGCCGACGAAGAUGUUCCUCCUGGUUGGGAGAGGAGGGAAGGGGAUUCGACGAGCGGCCCGGCCGACGAAGAUGUUCCUCCUGGUUGGGAGAGGAGGGAAGGGGAUUCGACGAGCGGCCCGGCCGAAGGAGAUGUUCCUCCUGGUUGGGAGAGGAGGGAAGGGGCAAUGACGAGUGGCCCGGCCGAGGAAGCUCCUCAAGGGUGGGAGAGAAGGGGAAGGGACCUGACGAACGGCCCGGAUGAAGAAGUUCCGCCCGCGUGGGAACCUUCGGCUCCGCUGCAAUCACAACCUCCUGCACUCCUUUCACCAGCUCAAACUACAGUUUCUAAUGUUUCAAAUUUUAAAUCAGAAAUGGGUCAGAUGGUCUGUGGUGGUUGUCGCCAACUUCUGUCUUAUCCUCGGAAUGCAACUUAUGUCCAGUGUGCUUCCUGUCAGACAAUUAAUCUUGUACUUGAAGCUCAUCAGGUUGGCAAUGUGAAAUGCGGGAGAUGUUCUGUUCUAUUGAUGUACCCCUAUGGAGCUCCAUCUGUGAGAUGUUCUUCAUGCUGCUUCAUUACUAAAAUUGGAGAGCGUAAUGUACGGCCCCCACUCUCUGUGCAGCAAGGCCAACCACCCACCGGAAAUCCUGUAAGUAUGAAAAAAGAACAAAGAUGUGGGAAAUCAUGAAAGGGUUACGGCCACUGUACGUGUUGAUCCACAGCCACUUAACUCCUUCCCGUGUGGUUUGCACCGCAUGGGAGGAUGAGCGCGAGUACGUAGCGACACAGCCCACCACGAGCGUGCGCUGAUGCUACCGCUUACUCAUCGCCGGCCACUCCAUCUUUCCCUGCGCACCAACGCGACUCGUCCACAAGAUGGAUUGCCAACAGCAGAAGCCAACUCGGCCGGAAGAAAGAGCACGGCAUAAAUUCCACUCGUCGCCACAUCUAACCGAGUCCAACCUGCGCCGGAGAAGGCAGACUUCUUCUCUCACAUCACCGUCAUCGGAUCGCCUCGUCACUCCCACCACCAUGAAGGGUUCGGGCGCCGUGACGAUCGCGUCCACGGUGAUCACCGCCGCCGCAUCGUACUCGACCGCCGUGUCCGGCUCCUCCCUCCCCGACCCCCCGAAACAGCAAUCGGCAGACCAGGUAAUUUGCACGCGAGUCAUGGUUCCCUACGAAUCUUACGUAGCCUAGUCUCGCUUGUUGGUCGCGCAGGAAGAGCAGCGGCGGCGGUCAUCGGAAGACAGAUUCGCUCCCAGGUUCGAUGGGUUGCGGUUCAUAGAGACUCUCAUCACCGCACAUCGAUGAUCCAUGACGACGACUGACGCAACCAUCUACCCUAUUCCUACAUCAUUUCAUGGAUGUAAUGCUCACAGUGAUUCGUAUCAUUAGUUGGACAUAAUUGUAUUUCUCUUUUUUAUAUACCGAACUGAUUGCUGUUUCUUUUUUUUUAAUAACGGAAAAAUACUUUUAUUUUUA